AUGACAGGCCAGGGCUCACAUUUUCCUAAAAGAGAUGAACCCGCUGCAAAUACUACCACCUCUCCCCAGAACACUACUUCCGGCUACGUUCCAGAUGCAAAGCGAGCGACCGAAACAUCAUCCACAAGUGGUAUAUCCGGCGAAAGGACUAGCAUAGCCACUAUGGGCGAAACAUCAACGUAUAGCUCCCAUACCUUGCCUGAGGGUGAUGCUGUCGCAAGCGUCGUAGAUCCAACAUCAAUAGAUCUCGCCACCUACCAAAUGCCCGAACAUUCUUAUGGAUCGAGCACCGGUGUCCCUGCGGGAGCAGCAGGAGGAGCGGCGUCGACCACAUCCAAUAAAGACAGGAAUCACAGCACCUCUCAUAUUCCAGGAGCUCUCCCCAAACACGAACCUUCGACAACCGAUUCAGCACGGACCGCUUCUGCUGCGGCCGGUACCUCCAGUACGGCGCCAGCGCAGGAUUCUACAACAGUUCCCCCUUCGGCCUUGACGACAAUCGCAUCCCCUGCCGAUCGACCAGCCGAAAACAGCCGAGCAGAAAAGCCCAAAGUAUCUGAUGUAAAUAUUUCGAAUCAAACACCUACCGCCACUCCAGAUACCACCACUGCGCGAGACUCCGCCGAGCCACCGAAAUCUGGAGUCAUGGCGUGGAUAUUGGAAGCUAUGGGUCUCGGAGCGGUCGCCGGGAGUGCUGGCAUCGUUGCCUCCCAGGCAAGCGAGGAUGAUAAAACUCAAGCGAUGGCGGAUACCCCAGAGCCGCCAACAACCACCACAGGGAUAGAUUCGUACACUGUUCCAACACGUUCGGGACCUCCACCACCACAUCAUAAAAAGAAGAGCAUUCCCACAACGGCGUAUCCUGCAGGUCUGAAUUCACCAGCCCCUGUCAAUGCCCCACGUGGGGGCACAUCAGCCGCUCAAGAGGAAACAGAAUUCAAAGAUCAUAUUGCUCGUAAUCCAGGCCUCGCCACUGCUGGUGUUGGUGCAGGUCCGGCUGGUGUUUAUGCAUUGAAUCAAAAGAAGGAAGCUGAGACAGGGAACCAGUUGGCUGAUCAUUCAUAUUCAACCACCCAAGCCCCAAGAGACGCUGAAGCCUCCAAAGCCCGAAUACCCACUUUUGAGAAGACUGCUUCCACUCAGGAAGGAUUAGGCACAUCUACGAAGGAAACUACGGGUGCGGCACCAGCUGCUACUGCAAUUCCUGCCUCGGAAGAAGCUCCUAAUGCUGAACCCGCUACCGAGCCGCUAGAAAUGAAUGAAAGCCAUAUAGCUCGCAAUGCCGCUCUGGCCAGAGCCGCUGGAGCUGGUGCCGGAGCCUGUGGAGUUCACGAGGACGACAAGCAUCAAGCUGAACAGGAAGAUGCUCGACAAAAACAAUUUGGAAAAGACCAGAAGGCUGCAGAGGAGCAAGCUGCCCAAGAGAAGAAGCAGUACCAGAAAGAGCUAGAGAAGGAAGAGAAAGCGAGGGAGAAGGCUGCUGCCAAAGAAGAAAAGGAGCGUCUCGAGGCUGGAGAAGCUGCUGCCGCCAGCGCCGUUGGAACCGGUGCUACUGCCGGCACGGGCGCCUAUGCUAUGCAUGACAACGAACAGCCGACUGAAGAGAUUCCAACAAGAACUACGGGUUCUCAGGAAUCGGAUCGUCACAGACUGUACAAAGAUCCGCCGGAGGAGAAGAAACCGAAUAUCUUCAAACGGAUCUUCAAGAGACGCAAGAACAAGGAGACCGGCCAAGAAGAAGAAUACAGCACCGAUGAAGAGGACGAAACACACCGGCACUAUCGCACCGCCGAAGCAGCAACUGUUGGGGAUGCAGGAGCCGCCGUGCCGACAGGAACGGCAGCAGCUUACCAUGAAUCUGAAAAGCCACAUACGAGUACCUAUCGGCGGCCUUCAGAAACCGUCAUAUAA